AUGAGGCGGCUCCCGCGGCCGGACGGGGCCGGGCCCCCGCGGGAGAGCCUGCGGAACGGCUACGUGCGCAGCUCGGCGAGCCCGCUGCGCGAGGACCCUCCGCGCGGCUUCUUGUACCACGUCUGCCGCCUGUGCAACGUGGAGCUGCUGCUGCCCCGCGCCUCCUCCUCCUCCUCUUCCUCCUCCUCCUCCUCCUCCUCCUCCUCCUCUUCCUCCUCUUCCUCCUCUUCCUCGCUGUCCCCCGGCCCCGCGUCGCGCCGCUCCCCCGACGAAGCCCUGGGCAGCUCGGCGCUGGGCGCCCUCGCCGGCUUGCUGCUCGCCCGCCUCCUGUGGCCCGAGGGCUGCGCCCGCCUCAGCCGCCCGCUGGGGCUCCUGCUCCGCGGGCUCUCUCACGUCCUGUGCCCGCUCUUCAGCCUCGCCUGUGCCUUCUUCUUCUUCACCUGCUUCCUGACCCGGCCGCGCCGACGCCGCCUCCGUCUCCGCCGGGGCGCUCGCCGGGCCUGGGGGCUCCUGGCGCUGCCCGCCUGCUGCUUCGUGGGGGACCUGAUGAUUCUUUGGGAUUGGGACUUGAAGCAGUGGUCUAAACCCCAUUAUCAGAGUGCUUCACGAGGAACUGAUGUUGAUCUUUCGAUGCUAAAUGAGGCUCGCCAAAUGGUGACAGAAUUAAUGAUGGAUCCAGCCCUCCCCCCACAUGUGAUUACUUCUCUUCGAAGCAUGGAUAGUUUGAUGGGUGCUUUCUCCAAAUCAUGUAGGCCAAAUAUCAACACAUUCCCAUUGUUUUCUGAGUUUAACCCUUGCUGUGAAAUAGAGGACCCUGAUGAAAAAGACACAAAACCUAACAAGACACCAAGUAAUAGAAAUAGUGUGCUGAUGCUACAACUAAGGAGAAACUCAAGAACCUCAGGUCUCCCUCUGCCACCCCCUGAACUGUCUCCUUCACGAUGGGAGUGCAGCAGCAGAAGGCGCACGCUCCCUCUCCGACAGCAAAGUACUCUGAGCCUGGAAUCUCCAGAUGCAAAUGUGUUUACAUUCCCAAAGCAAAGGUCAUCUUCAGUAACCUUGACUGACUAUAAGAGUCCUUCGAGAUCUGGUGCUUCACUCAACCUGAAUCCUGUGAGUUCACCUAGCCAUGAAUCAGUGUCCACUGGUUCCCUAGUUAACCGGUCACCCGCAGGAUUUCCUGCCACUGCUGGUUUUCUUACUAAGCCAAGUGCUACUUUACACAAAUCUCUGGGGAAUGCACUUAGUACUCCAGAUUUACCUCAGCAAUUUAGAACUUCUGGUAGCCAUAUAUGUAACAGUUGUGGACGUGAGGUACUGAAGCAUGUUUCAAUACAUGAAUCUGAAUAUGGUACAGAUGACCAGGGUGGAAAACCAGUUGAAGAGGGAAAUACCGAUGUUAAACAAGGGCCAAUCAGAGAGUCUGGGGACAAGUCAGAACAGGAGCCGGACAAGAGACUGGACAGAGAACUGAAGGAGGAGGAAGAAGAGGGAGGAAGAGCAGAAGAAGAGAGCCCCGAAGAGGCCCAGUGUGAGCCCUCUGAUAAACCAGGAGGGUACUUAACUAAUGGCCUAGUUUGGUGCCACUCCCAGAAGGCCUUGGAGGAAGAAGAUGAAGAGAGAGAAAAGGAAGAGGUUCACAAAGAAGAGAUGCCAUCAGGGGCACAGCAGAAUGAAAACUCAAAGUGUCAUUAUGAAAAUGCUGAGAUAGAUGAGGAGUGCUUACUGGAACUGAUAUUAAGAGAAGACCAUGAUGCACUUAUAGCAAAGAUGAACAACUGGAAUUUCCCCAUUUUUGAAGUUAUGGAAGCCAUGGGGGGAAGAUCAGGAAGGAUCCUGAGCCAGACUAUGUAUACCUUGUUUCAAGACACUGGUUUGAUGGACAUGUUCAAAAUCCCCGUUCCAGAAUUUGUGAGCUACUUCCAUGCUUUAGAAAAUGGCUACCGGGACAUUCCUUAUCACAAUCGUGUACAUGCUACAGAUGUCCUGCAUGCAGUGUGGUACCUGACAACUCGGCCGAUUCCUGGAUUUAAACAGAUCCGUCAGGAUCUUGUGAAGGUGAUUCGCACAGAAUAUAGUAGUGGACUUUCUCCCAUACGCAUUUCAUAUACUUCCUCCAAAAGUUGCCCAAUGACGGAUCCAAACUAUGGCUGUGUGGCGUUGAACAUUCCUGCCUUGGAACUGAUGGCUCUUUAUGUGGCAGCCGCUAUGCAUGACUAUGAUCACCCAGGGCGGACAAAUGCGUUUUUGGUUGCUACCAGUGAUCCUCAGGCUGUGUUGUAUAAUGACCGCUCUGUCCUGGAAAAUCAUCAUGCUGCUGCUGCUUGGAACCUGUUCCUUUCUCGACCUGACUUCAACUUUCUCAGUAACCUUAAUCAACCAGAGUUCAAGCACUUUCGUUAUUUAGUGAUUGAAGCCAUUCUGGCUACAGAUCUCAAAAAACAUUUUGAUUUCCUUGCUGAUUUUAAUACUAAGGCCAAUGAUGUGAACAGUCCUGGCAUACAGUGGAAUAGUGAAGACGACCGGCUCCUCGUGUGUCAGGUGUGCAUCAAAUUGGCAGACAUAAAUGGUCCGGCGAAAGCUCAAGACUUGCACGUGAGGUGGACGGAAGGUAUUGUUAGUGAGUUUUAUGACCAGGGAGAUGAAGAGGCCAGUCUUGGGCUGCCCAUCAGUCCUUUCAUGGAUCGCCACUGUCCACAGCUUGCAAAGCUGCAGGAAUCUUUCAUCUCUCACAUAGUGGGGCCCCUGUGUAAUUCCUACAAUGCAGCAGGUUUGCUGCCUGGCCUGUGGAUAGAGGAAGAGUGUGACGAUGCUGCGAGUGAGGAGUUUUUUGAAGAAUUACAGUCGGAACAAGACAGAGCUCACACUACUGCUACCGCCACUGUGGCUCCUGCUGCUUCUCCGCCUAGUGCCCGGCCAAAACCACAACGAAAAAAAAAGGUCAGGCACCGCAAGUUUUGCCAGUUAACGCAGCAUCUGAAUGAAAAUCAUCAGCUGUGGAAGAGGCUGGUUGAGAGAGGAAGUGAGGACUCUGCUGCAGACGGCAAGGCGGGUGUGGAGGGCCACAGUCCACCUCCAUCUCCAACCAAAGAACUCUAAGUCAUGGAGGAAGCAGGUGAGGGAGAAAUGCCGCUGCCACUAUCAGCACCGCCAUCUUCCCGUCCAUCAUCGCCAUCGACAUCACCUCCACUAUGCUGAGGGAGAAGAAGGGGGGUGCCGUUGUUACCUUCCCUUGGGAGAACGGGUGAAGAAGCUAUACUCGAAGAGGACUCUACACCCUAGCCUCAGUUUCUUCACUGUGCCGACUUUAGACCAGCCCAUCUUCUAGGAGGUGGGAAGGCCUUCAUACUGUGAUGGGAUCCUCGCUGCUGUAGCCACGUCCCCAUUCUCGUGCAUUCAACUGCAUGGAACAGAAAGCUGGGUUUAAUCCUUCGUAAAUCUCAUGAUUGUAAAGUCUCUGAAAGCCUACUUUGUGGACAGAUCUUUUGGUUCAAAGGCUAUCGUGCUGAAUCCAGAGCUUGUCCUUUCCACGUGGCUCUUGCAAGUUGAGAAAGAACUCUUCAGUUGCUAAGGAGGCAGGUACUUUUGGUUUGUGUGAGACUGGGAUUCACUCUAUUCUGUUCUUGCAUCCUGAUAUCUCUUCGUGUCUAAUGAUGAAGAUGGCGUUUGCAGUAUACCCAGUGGGAGGGUCUCCAUGGUGUGUUCACUGCUGCCCUCCCACCUCAGUUUCUCCAUUUCGGGGCUGUGAGACAUUCACAUUGUAUUCUGAUUUUUAAAAAUUACUCAGAUGGACCAAGGUGCAUCAAUUUCUGAUGUCUUUGACUAUCAUACAUCGUUGUUGCAGUUUUACUGAAAGGAUUCGGGUUUGCAGUGAACAUCAAAUUUUGUCUUUUAAAAACUUAAGCCUCGAUGCUCCAUGGUAGAAUUUUUUAAUCUUUAAAGAGAUUUUUUUAAACUCAGUACUGCUACAUUUUUUCACUCUUAACUCAGGAUGAAUAUUUUUAAAGCAUAUUCCACUAAACCCAACAAACUCCAAUCCCAUCCCAUUGCUGAACCUGUGCUAUAACCUUAGGAAUGUUAUUCCUUCUGCAUACAUACAUUUUGAGACACAUCAAAGCCAAAAACGGGAAACUCUCUCUUCUUUGUUCUUUUUGUUGAAUUGAAACCCCUCUGAUCUUUACUGCAGAAUAUAACACAAACCACUCCUACAAAAAGGUCAUGAACAGCUAGAGGAAAAAUACUCUGUGUUUUUGCAUGCAGUAAAUACAGAAUUGGAAUGGCUGUCUUCAGAGUCAGAGUUCCCCUGGUCAGUGGCACCGACACAUCCACCCCCUUUGGAUGUGCGUACCUCUGCCCCAGAUGCAUUCUGGGCCAUGUAAGAAAAGGUUAAGCCUAAGAUAACCACUGUGUAUUUAUUCCUAUUGCCCAGUUGUUGGUUUAGUUUCAGGAUUACCAUACACACCUGACCUGACUCUGUCUUUCUCUUGCUACCUAAAAUGAUUUUUGCCAACCAUCUUACUUCCUAAAAUGUCUUGGAUGACAGUGGCGAAGAUGGUUGCAAAACACAUGCAUAGACAGCUUUUCUACAGCACUUGUGAGCUAGGACGGUGGCACAUGUGUGAUUUUGUGUGGAGUGUGCAGGGAGAGCACUGAGAGCAGCCCGUGCAAACAGAUGCUGUCAAGUAAUCACUGAUGGAGCUCAGUCUAGACUAGAGGCAUCCGGCAGUGCUGGGGAAGCGCUCUGGUCUCUUGGUGGUUAAAGUGUUAUCUUUGCAAGGCUGAUGUGACUCGGAGAUGCCACGCUAACCCGCACAGCUGUCACCCCAUCUGACUGGAAUGUGCAUCACCAUCUGCAAAAGACACUUUGGUGGGGUGUUCACACUCAAGCCUCCUGCUUCCAACACAGAGACCUCAUUUGUAAUGCCCAGGGUUUCCACUGUCUGUCACACCUUCUCCACCAUUUAGACGUGUUCACCCAGUUUAUUGGUUUUGCCUUUUGUGUGUCAAGUUUUUCACCAGAAGCCAACCUCAGAGGAGCACCGUUGUUGCUGGUUCCGCACGUCACACCUCUCAGCCAGGACAAAGCAGGCACUCACAGGGCCCUUUUUGGUUAAGAUUUUGAAGGGGAGGCUGGGGGGAUUUAAUGUACAGCUUUCAUUUAGCUUCUCAAGAGAAGCGUGUUAUUCUUUUUUAUUCUUUUAGAAUAUUCAGUUAUUGGAAUUUAUUUUAAAAUAAUGGAAUAAUUUGACAAUUGGCUGUUGAUUUUUCAACAUUAGAGCUUUUCAACUUUUUGUUCCUUGAUUAUGGCUUAUAAACAGGUGACUUUAGCCCAAAGAAACUCUGCAAAGUAUUUUUGUCCAAUUUGUUACUUCCAUAAUCAUAAGGAACUGGUAGGGUAUAUUAAAUAUUUUAAAGCUA